GGGUGGAGAACGCCCCUGGCGAAGGAGAUAGCGGUUAGUCCCAUGCCCCCACCCCUCACCCUGAUGCGUGCCAGUUUGGGAGCGUGCACCGGGAGCGCGCACUCUAGUGGAGGCUCAGAUCUUGCAGGCCACGUCCCUGGGUCCAGUCCCUACUACAACGGUGCACUCGCCCUCGUCCUCUGUUCCCACCGUGUCCCAGUCCCUGCGUCUACGCCAUUUCGCUGCAUCCCAGUCCCGGAGUUGCCAUGGAGCAGCUGUUGCGUUCAGAGCUGCGCACUGCGACCCUGCGGGCCUUUGGGAGCCCUGGAACCGGCUGCAUCAGCGAGGGCCGGGCUUACGACACUGAUUCUGGCCCGGUGUUUGUCAAGGUUAAUCGCCGGACGCAGAGUUUAUGAGCCUCAUGGCAUUUGGAUGCAGGCCCGGCAGAUGUUUGAGGGGGAAAUGGUGAGCCUGGAGGCCCUCCGCAGCACUGGCUUGGUACGAGCACCUCAACCCAUGAAGGUGAUUGACCUACCUGGAGGAGGGGCUGCUUUUGUGAUGGAAUAUCUGAAGAUGAAGAGCCUGAGCAGUCAGGCAUCAAAGCUUGGGGGUCAGAUGGCAGAUUUGCACCUUUACAACCAGAAGAUCAGGGACAAGUCCAAGAUGAGGGAGAACACAAUAGGCCAUGGAGCUGAGGAUGCUGCAUUCCAGGGUGUGACCAAGUUUGGCUUCCACACUGUGACAUGUUGUGGCUUCAUCCCACAGGUAAAUGAAUGGCAGGAUGAUUGGCCAACUUUUUUCACUCAGCACCGGCUCCAAGCACAGCUGGACCUUAUUGAGAAGGAUUAUGCUGAUCGUGAGGCAAGAGAAUUGUGGUCAAGGUUACAGGUGAAGAUACCCGAUCUGUUUUCUGGCUUAGAGAUUGUCCCUGCCCUGCUCCAUGGGGACCUUUGGUCUGGAAACGUGGCGGAGGAUGACCAAGGGCCCAUUGUUUAUGAUCCAGCUUCCUUCUAUGGCCAUUCUGAGUUUGAACUGGCAAUUGCGUUGAUGUUUGGGGGGUUCCCCAGAUCUUUCUUCACUGCUUACCAUCAGAAGAUUCCCAAGGCUCCUGGAUUCGACAAGCGUCUGCUACUGUACCAACUCUUUAACUACCUGAAUCACUGGAACCACUUCGGGCUUGAGUACAGGAGCCCGUGCCUGGGCACGAUGAGGAAACUACUCAGGUAGUGGAGGGCUGGAGAGAUGGCUUAGCCAAAGGAUCCUGGUUUGAUUCUCCAGGCGCAUCUCGAAUUUGUUUGCAGUGUCUGGAGGUCCUAGCCUUCCCCCCCACUUUCAAAUAAAUAAAUAUAA